AGACAAAGCAAGGGUUUUGAAUAUGUCAAUUGGGCACUUGACCAACGAGUGUUUAUUAAAGCCAAAAUCCCAUAGGCCAAACAGUAAUGAAAAUAACUGUUCCUUGUGCUUAAUAGAGCAGGUUUGUAUGUCAAAAAUGACCACACGGGAUCUGUGUUUGGAUUAAAGUACCCCCGAACCCCCCUGGAUCCCCAGCACAACAUAUUAUGAGGUCGAGCUCGUGGGGCCCUAAUUUCUAAUGGACCCGCCUCGUUUUUUUUUAACCGAUGCUUUGCCGAACCAGCCCGCCUCUGUCCUGGCAUUAUUUUGAGAGAACAGCAGCGUUAGUAUUAGCGGCUUAUCAGCAUUAGCGCCCGCUGCUCUGUUUGCUCCCCCCCGGGGUGGGUGUGCAUUGACGACACUGCUACUGUCUCUUUAAAUUUACCCAGGAGCCCCUUAAGGAGCCCCAGGGGCCCCUAGUCGGCUCCCCACCCUGAAGACAAGCAAGAGCCUUAAAAUACAUUACUGGAGGCCUGCGCCGCGGCGCUGGACGGAGGAACGAGCUUUAAUCGCCGGCGGAAUACACGAUAGUGUAAUUAUAUGAAAGUUAACUUGGCUCCCGUGCGCAGCGGGGUGGGCUGGGGGGUGGGGGGGCAUCGCAGAACACGGGCUCCUCGGUGAUGGGCUCGCGCUAGAGCGUCUGCCAGAUGCGUGUCGAGCGGUGCGAACAUGUCACUGGUGUAAUGUGGUGUCGUUUAGUGUGACAUGUCCCGCUUCGGCGCUGCGAUACGGUGAAGGAAGAAGGACCACUAUCCACGAGUAAGACAGCGGGGCCGGGCCAGUGAUGGAAGAGAAGGACCCGGGGGGAAGCGAGCCCGUGGACCUCCGGUGUGCCGAGCAGGCUGAGCUGCUCUCAUUAAUAAUAAGCGGAGAGGAGGAAGCGACGAAAGAGGAGAGUGACUUGGGAGACGAGGACGGUCUGGCCAAUGGCCACGGUGAGGGGGAAUCAGAGGCCGGCAUGGUCACACCUGUCACAUCUCCAGGCACCAGCUACUGGAACAUCACAGAGGGACCGGACCAACCUUUCCUCCUCUCCCCGGCCCCCGGCCCCUCUGGACGUAAACCCAGGGUCCAGAGAGCCUCUCGUCCGGGCCUAAGUCGCAUCCCUGGACGGGACCACCGACGCUACUACCACGAGUACUGGCGCUGCGAGUACCUGAUGGACUUUGACCCCCAGCGGCACGGGAUGAUCUGCAUGGUGUGUGGCAGCUCGCUGGCCACUCUGAAGCUCAGCACCAUCAAGAGGCACAUCCGGCAGAAGCACCCCGACUCCCUGCUGUGGAGCACCGCUGACAAGGAGGUCAUCCGCUCGGGAUGGGAGAGCCACUUGAGCCUGGGGGGAGUUCAGAGGUCUUACGGCUCUGUGGCGGCGCCGUCGCCUCAGGAGAAAGAGGAGCAGCCGGACUCGGACCAGCAUUCAGCCGCUGAACCCCUGGAACCGGUGACACCCCAGGAGCAGCCACAACAACCCCCCAGUCUGCCCCCCUGCUCUGAGGAGGGUGAAGCCACCCAUGUCCAGGCGGAGGAGCAGGACCUGGCUGGCCCGUCGGCCCGGACCCUGGAGCGCUACCUGAACGAUUCGCUGCACGCCUGGUUCCGCCAGGAGUUCCUGAUGGAGUACGAGGCAGAGGCCGGCCGGUUGUUGUGCAUGGUGUGCGGAGGAGAGGUUCCCUCGCUCCACCUGGACCACAUCAAGAGCCACGUGCUGGACACCCACCCAAACUCCUUGGUCUACAGCUCUGUGGAGAAGCACUGCAUCCUGCAGGCCUGGUCUCAGGCUCACGAUCAGCCAGAACACUCAAUCAAAUCAGAGCCAGAAACCAAAGAAGGCGGGUUGGACCUCUUUGCUCAGGCCAUGCAGACCAACACUGAUGUGUACCCAGAAGGUGACGGCACUUUAACUCAGGACGCAUACUUCAUCGCCGAAAACGGAGGCGUGCGACCUCCGCAGUCCCCCCGGCAGCCAAGGAGGAGGCGGCUGCACGAGGGCGACCCGUGGCGGCUCCGCCUCGACUACCUGGUGGCCCACGGGCCUCAGGGCCGCGGCACGUUCUGCAUGGUGUGUUCCCAGGUCCUGCACGAGAUCAAGGUCAGCAGCUUCCGGCGCCACAUCCAGGAGUGUCACCCCGAGACGACGACCCUGAGCCGCCAAGAAAGGGAAGCCAUGGCUGCUGCCUGGACCAAAGAUUGUUCUAGUGAAGGCUCGCAAAUUCAAGACGGCAAAGCUGAGGUCCUAAAUAAGGCGGCGGGGACCAGCGUGGACGCCUCCCCUGAUGUGAGAGGCCACAGCAAAGCUGUGAAGAAGGAGGAGGGUGUGAGCGGCGGGAAGGGCAAAGUUCGGGAGGACGGCGCUGCAGCCGCAUCCUUUCGUCACGGCCAUUACCCCGGGAAGGACCAGAGGAGGAACUACCAGGUGCGCUGGCGGAUGGAGUACCUGAUGGACUACGACUGCCGCCGACAUGGCCUCAUCUGCAUGGUGUGUGGCGCCACUCUGGCCACGCUGAAGGUCAGCACCAUCAAGAGGCACGUCCAGCAGGUGCACCCCCACUCCCUGGACUACAGCCCAGAGGAGAAGCAGCAGGCGAUGCUGAGCUACAAUCAGGCCGCCCUGCACUUCAUCCACUCCGACGACUGCUUCUCCUCCCAGGACCACGGACACACCGAGCUGACACCCGCCGCGGCCCACUAUGGCACUUAGAAAGGGCUCCGUCCAUGGCUCCCCACGUGGCCCUCACCGCUCAGAAGCAGCCACCUUCUCUCUUAAAAGGAUGUCCAAGUAUUUGCCAAACAGGGCCCUUGACCCCUCUGACUCUGUUCCAAAGUUCCCCAAAUCUCUGCAUUGUAUCUGCAGAGUAAAAUGUCAACAUGACCAGUUUUCAUGAUUGACAAAUAUCAAGAGUUUUGUUAGAAAAUACUGGAAUUUCCACCUUUGAUCCAAAUCGUAGAGUGUGAAGGUAGCAACUGGCACAAAAGAGAGGUCACAGCCGUGAAAAAUGUCCGCUCCGCUCAUUCGAAACUAAAGAGACCGUUUGACCGCUCAACCGAUUACAAAUGAGAAGGUCCUCAGAUGAGCAUUGUGGCUGUCUAAAGCUAGCAUGUCCAUGGGGGGGGGUCAUACCCAUGUUCUUAAGGUCCCCAUUGUAGGACAUUAACUAAGGGCGGUCUGUUCAAACUGCAGUAGGCAGUGUAGCCAAUGUAAUGCUGUUUGAAUGAUACUAAUUCAGCCACGUGUUUAAAGACUUGACAUCAGCAGGCUGUCAGCUGGAAACGGGGAAUUCCUGCAUGUUGACCAUGGGAAACAUCCGCGGAAUAUUUGAUCUGGGCAGAAGAGCUUAGCUAAGACUGCUUAGGAAAGUCAUGAGCUUGGGAUCAUGGGAACCCAUGGACACGCGUAGCUAGCAUGUUCGCAGUAAACGGCGACUAGCCCUUGCGAGUGGUCACCACUAUCCCAAUCAAGCACUCCACCAGUUCAUUUCACUUGUUGACCAAAAGUGAUUUUAGAUUUCCAACGUUCUGGUCCUAACUUGGCAUACUGGUAUGCAAUUUGAUGACUCAAAUUUCAUAUUUUUUAUUUAUUUCAGGCCCAGAAGUGGUCCCAGCUGGAAUCCUACUAGGGUUACGAGAAUGAGGUCCAUGUGGGAUCCUACUUCUUUGAAGUGGUCCCAGUUGGGGUCCCAGGAGGAGUCCCAGGCUUGUUUCUGGUCAGAGUGUUACGCUCUCAGGAGGUUAGAGUCUUUGUUGAGGCGAGUUAGUUUUGCGAUAACGUGUCUGAAGACAACACAGCACUUUGUGCCCCAAAAAAGUACGAGAGCCCAGUGCUCCUUCUGUACAGCCAAUCGAAUGAGGCUGUUUGAUGUAAUGCUGAAGACAAUGAAUGCCAGAGUGCAGUCCCUUUUCUCUCAUCUAUUUAAUUCCUUGUUUACAGUGGGGGGAGAAGGACGUCCUUGUCCGUCCCCCAUUAAAUGAGAUAUGUUAUCUCUCAGUCAGUCUGCAUCCUUGCCAUCAUCUACAUCCUGGCUAAAACUGCACAAAAAAAGAAUAUGUAAAUAUAUGGAAAGAAUAUUUUUUCCUUUAUACAAGCACUUUUAUGCACCCAAGUUUCUACAAAGCGUGUUGUAAUUUGUAAUUAUGUCCAGUUUUUCUACUUCAUCAUUUCAAUGACAUUGUUCUUUAACGCCACGAGGAAUGCUCAAAGGACUUCUGCUACACUUUGGUUGUUUUCAUUCACUGUACAAAAUAUGGUCAAGAGGAGAUGCUGAAGAAAAGCUUCCAGCUGUCAAAGAAAGCAACGUCUGCCAUGAAAUGUCAGGCCUUCACCUGGAAAAUGUACCUCAGGGAUUGUGAUGUCAUCCACAACCAUUUCAUCAGCGGUCCUCAAGUCCCAUUUGAAGACAGCAAUACAAGUGUCAGCAUAGGUUGUAUAAUUACAUGUGCUGAGCCCAAAAGAAAAACAAAUAAACUGAUAUUUUACUUCCAUAAGAAAGUAUGUAUUUAGGAAAAAAGCAAACUAAUAAGAGGAAAAAAGGUUUGAGAAAAAUAUAAGAACAAAUAUAUUUGGAGCAUACGGUUGAAAUUACAUUUCAAAACAUUUUGAGGGAAAGACUUUCAAUAACAGUCAGCGUAAGAAUAAUGACAAUUUUAUGCCAAAUGUCAUACUACACAAAGUCUUAAUAUGAGGGUGAAGUUGAAAUCUUUUGGGAAAUAAAUUUGCAAUAGAAUGGAAAAAAGCCUGUAUAAAUGUUAGAAUAAUUCUUAAUAUUUCAAGACAAUUAUUUGAAAAUUGUGUACUUAAUAUUUAUGUUGUAAUUUUACAAGAUAUGCAUUGAGCCGUCAGGAUAAAAUCCCUCACGGUCCCUCUGUUAUUCUGUUGUACAUUGACAGAAUUUACUCAGGUGAAGCUUUUGAUACAAAGUGAUAAUGAAGGAACCGCCCACGCUCCCCUUGUAUUGGUCCUUUAGAGCUGAGAACCCGGCAUUCAGAGAUAGAUAGCACUUAACUAUUUAAAAUGAACUAUCAAUGAAACGAAUGAUUGAGCAUGUGAUGCAUCUGCUUGUGUGUGUUUCUACUGUGUAAGUGGUGUGGACAAAGAUCCUCUUCUUCUUCUUCACUCUCACCUCGUCUGUUCACUUUUCAUUUGUACAUGAAUUCUCUCCAUGAUGUUUGAAUAAAUACUCGUUUACUUCUG